AUGUUAGCGGAACAUUUCAAUCCACAUGUACGAUAUGGUGCUGCUAUGGCGCUAGGUAUUUCUUGUGCUGGAUCCGGUUAUAAGGAAGCAAUCGCAUUGCUUGAUCCUUUGUUGAGCGCCAAGGAAAACUUUGUUCGGCAGGGUGCUGUUAUUGCUUUGUCGUUCAUUCUGAUUCAGCAAACAGAUUUAAUUUGUCCGAAAGUAAAUGAAUUUCGAAGAACAUUGACGAAGAUGAUAACCGAAAAAGGCGAAGAUUCAAUCACAAAACUGGGUGCAAUCCUUGCUCAAGGUAUUAUCGAUGCUGGCGGUCGUAACGUCACAAUAUCACUUCACAAUCGUAACGGUCAUCCUGACAUGCCAAGUGUUGUUGGAACAUUCGUAUUCCUUCAGUAUUGGUAUUGGCAUUCCUUGACACAUUUUUCGUCAUUAGCAUUCAAACCAACUUGUGUGAUUGGUCUUAAUCUUAAUCUUGAAAUGCCAAAAACGGAAUUUCGGUGCAAUGCAAAACCUUCAACCUUUGCUUAUCCACCUCCUUUGGAAGAGAAAAAAAAAGAAGAAACUGAGAAGGUGGAAACCGCGGUUCUCUCCGUGACUCACAAGAAGAAAUCUUCAGUUAUUGAUCGGUCAAGUACUAGUGUAAUCAAAGAAGAAGCCAAAGCUAGGGAGGAAAAAACAGAAAAAGAGAAGGAGGAGGAAAUGGAGAUUGACAAUAUACAUACUACAGCAGUAGUAGCCGAUUCUAGUGCAACCAGUGCAAAUUCGGAACAUAAGUUAGCUGAACCAAAGAGCAAAGAACCGGAACCAACCAACUAUGCUCUCCAAAAUCCAGCUCGUAUUGUUCGCUUACAGUUGAAAACUUUACAAAUGACUGAAAAUAAUCGCUACAAACCAUUGAAAGCACUUUCCCAGGGUGGAAUAAUUAUGCUUCGUGACAGGAAAGCUGGACAGGAGAAGGAAGAAAUUGUAGCAUUAGCGGCAGCUGGAGGAACGCGCGUGGAAGGCAAAGAUAGUUCAGAAGAGGCGAAACCACAUACUCCUUUUGAAAUUAACAUCACCUCAUAUUAA